AUGGGCAAGCAACCCAACCUCUUUAGCUACCCCACCGUCGACGAGGUCGCUGUGCACCUGCGUACCUUUAUCCUCUCCUGUCAAAGGUCGGCCUUCCACAGGCAUGAUUGCUUCAAAGUCGCCGUUUCAGGCGGCAGUCUUCCCGCGACCCUCGCAAAGGCGCUCCUCGGGCCAGGCCACCACGAAGACCCCGCAUUCGCGCCCCAAUUCUCGAAAUGGCAGAUUUUCUUCGCGGACGAGCGAGCCGUGCCCUUCGACCACGAGGACAGCAACUAUGGCCUGUUGAAGAAGGAUCUUCUCGACAAGAUUCCGCAAGAGCAAGGGACUCCCACGGUCCAUCCUAUUGAUGUGACGCAGCUCGACAACACCCAAGAGCUGGCAGACCGAUACCAAGAAGUUCUCAUGUCAAUAUUUGCCAGCAAGGACUCGGUGAAAUUGCCCAUCUUCGACCUGAUCCUCUUGGGUUGUGGGCCGGAUGGCCAUACCUGCAGUCUAUUCCCGGGCCACGAACUCUUGCGGGAAUCGGAUGCAUGGGUUGCCGCGAUCGAAGACAGCCCGAAACCCCCGCUCAGAAGAAUCACGUUGACUUUACCUGUGGUCACGCAUGCUCACAGGAUCGUAUUCGUGGUGACGGGAGCUGGAAAGCGAGAUAUUUUGAAGAAGAUUCUGGAAGCGGAUGACGAAGGCAGGAUUUUACCUUGUGGACUUGUCAAUGAGGGCGGCGGGGAAAAGGUGAGCUGGUUCACGGAUGAUGCAGCGGUUCAAGGGGUGGCAUUUCCUCGGAGGGGCAGCUUGUGA